AUUAUACAGUUUUGAUACAACCAGAGCGUGACCAAAUAAUGACAGAAUUUUCAUUUUUGAGUGAACUAGCCCUUUAACUUAACCCGAGCUUGAUGUUUGGGGACUUUUAUUUUGACUGUUGUGUGUCGCGCCAUCUUGUGAUUGACUUUGUCUUGUUAUCGCUUUCUUCACUUUAUUAUCAGGAUAUUAUUGUAAAUGUUGCACUGAUUUGGACGGAUCCGUAUAUUAUUCCCUUCACAUUUCUGUCCGUCAGGAUGAUCCCGACAGAAGACGCGUCCGCGAGGAAGCGCGAGAUCGAGGACAAACUCAAACAGGAACAGGAAACACUGUCUUUCAUUCGUGAAAGUCUGGAGAAAAGUGACCAGCUGACUAAUGGAAUGGUGUCCAUUCUGUCCUCGUUUGAGAGCCGUUUAAUGCAGCUGGAGAACUCCAUCAUUCCAGUCCACAAACAAACAGAGAACCUGCAGAGACUUCAGGAGAACGUCGAUAAAACUCUCUCCUGUCUGGAUCACGUCAUCAGCUACUACCACGUCGCCAAAGACACCGACAAGAUCAUCCGCGAGGGGCCGGCGGGCCGUCUGAACGAGUAUCUGGUCUGCAUCGCCAAGAUCCAGAAAGCCGUGGAGUAUUUUCAGGACAACAAUCCCGACAGCCCAGAACUCAACACAGUGAAAGCUCGCUUUGAGAAAGGGAAGGAGCUGCUGGAGGCGGAGUUUCGCAGCCUGCUGACGCGUUACAGUAAGCCUGUACCGCCCAUUCUGAUCCUGGAUGCGAUCGGAGGAGAUGAGGACAUUGAGGUGCAGGAAGACGUGACGCUAGAACACCUGCCCGAGGCCGUUCUGCAAGACAUCAUCUGCAUCUCACUCUGGCUGGUGGAGUAUGGACGGAACCAAGAUUUCAUGAACGUGUACUUUCAGGUCCGGUCCAGUCAGCUGGAUCGCUCCAUCAAGGGUUUGAAGGAGCACUUCCGUAAGAACAGCGCCACCACUGCCAUCCAUUCCCCCGCCGUACAGGCCAAACGCAAGGAGACGCCCACUAAAAAAGCCCCCAAACGACCAGUCUACAUCCCAGGCACGAUCCGUAAGGCUCAGAAUCUGCUCAAACAAUACUCUCAGCAUGGCCUGGAUGGAAAAAAGGGUUCUAACCUCACGCCUCUGGAAGGUUUCGAUCAUGACCUGCGUGGGGUUAAGCACCUGUCUGAUGACAAGCAUGCAGCGGUUGCAGGGAAAGAUGACGUGUUGGACGUUGAGAUUGAUUCAUACAUUCACUGCAUCAGCGCUUUUGUGAAGCUGGCUCAGAGCGAGUACGUCUUACUGACGGAGAUCAUUCCAGAACAUCACCAGAAGAAGACCUUCGACUCGCUCAUACAGGAGGCGUUGGAUAAUUUAAUGUUGGAGGGCGAUAACAUCGUGUCAGCUGCACGCAGAGCCAUCAUGAGACACGAUUAUUCUGCCGUUCUCACCAUCUUCCCCAUCCUGAGACAUCUCAAACAGACCAAGCCAGACUUUGACACCACACUACAGGGAACGGCCGCCAGCACCAAGAACAAACUCCCGGCACUCAUCACCUCCAUGGAGACCAUCGGAGCUAAAGCGCUGGAGGAGUUUGCCGACAGCAUUAAGAAUGAUCCAGAUAAAGAGUACAACAUGCCAAAAGAUGGAACCGUACAUGAGCUGACAAGCAAUGCCAUUCUGUUCUUACAGCAGCUGUUGGAUUUUCAGGAGACAGCCGGAGCGAUGUUAGCCUCACAGGUUCUCGGGGACACUUACAAUAUUCCUUUAGACCCCCGAGAGAGCAGUUCAUCCGCCAGCAGCUACAGUUCAGAGUUCAGCCGAAAACUUCUGAGCACAUAUAUCUAUAAAGUCCUGGGUAACCUUCAACUGAAUUUGUCGAACAAAGCGAAAGUGUAUGAAGAUCCAGCGCUGCGAGCCGUCUUCCUUCAUAACAACUACAAUUACAUCCUGAAGUCUCUGGAGAAGUCUGAGCUGAUUCAGUUGGUUGCUGUGACUCACAAGCGUGUGGAGAGUUCAUACCGUGAGCUCAUCGAGCAGGAGAUUCAGAAUUACCAGCGCAGCUGGUGUAAGGUCACAGAGCAUCUGACAGAGAGAAAUUUACCUGCGCUCAUGCCUGGGACCAAGCUUAAAGACAAGGAACGCCAAAUCAUCAAGGACAAAUUCAAGGGCUUUAAUGACGGUCUGGAGGAACUGUGUAAGAUUCAGAAGGUCUGGGCCGUUCCUGAUAAAGAACAACGUGAUGCUAUCAGACACGCUCAGAAGAGAGUCGUAUCAGAUGCGUAUAAAGCCUUUCUGCAGCGAUGCGCAAACAUAUCCUUCACCAAAAAUCCAGAGAAAUAUCACAGAUACACUCCAGAGCAGGUGGGCGACAUGAUCGACAAGCUAUUUGACACCUCUGCCUAAGCCACGCCCACACCUUCACCAUAGCAACAGACCUUCUGCUUCCAAGCACACUACCCAACUGGAAAUGUAUUGUUCCUGUUUUGUAUGAGGACAAUUAUUUAUGUAUGUCUCUUUUUGAGGAUGUGACGGAUAUAAAUAAAUAUGAACGAUUCUUCGA